UACGGAUCAGCUGAUUUCUCACUGGGUGCCACGGCGUGCAAUUGCGUCCAUUGUGAACUAGUUCCUUAGUUUUUAUUUACUUCGAUUGUUUGGUUUACGUACGCAACUUAAUAAACUAAAAGGAAAAGGAAACAAAGCAGCCUGUACAUGUUUCUCAAGAGCUACAGAUUAAAAAGCAGUGCGGCGCUAAAAGGCGCCGAGGCGAAGAAGUUGCGCGCUCGUUUGGAAUUGGCAUUUCCGCAUAUUUCGAUGGAGACUUUGUUGCCGGCAAAGGCAAAUGUGACGCAGCUAAAGAUUCUGACACAUGGCGGAAUUGCGAGCAUUGUGUAUUGCGUGGAGAAGCAGCCGUUGUUCUUCGAACUGGAUGGCGGUCAACUGGUGCCCACUGUCUACACAAUGUGGGCGGAGCCCCACAUAUUGCCCUAUUUCACCACACACGAAGGCGUCCUGCCGAAGCUCUCAAAUGGUGCGGAUUUGAUGCUGCCCGGCGUUGUCCCACUGGGCGUCGGUCUCAACAUGUUCGGACACUUCAAGAAGGGCCAACUGAUUGCCGUCAAUGUGACCAACAACAAUUCAGCGAUUGGCGUUGGCCAACUUGCCCGGAAUAGCGAUGAGUUGUACAUGUGUGGUGGGCAUGGUGUGGCUGUCAAGAUGCUGCACAUGUUUGGCGACAAGCUGUGGGCGCAUGAGCCGAGGAUGCUGCAACAGAUACCGCUGCAGCAGGCGAAAACUUUGACCAGCGAGGAUUUUCCAGCAUUGGGCGCCACAAAAUGCUCGCCAGCCGAGCAGAUUUGUGUUCCGGAGGUAUGGGAUGCGGAAACAAAUGAAUUGGAGACCGGCACAGCUGGUUUGUCGCUCGAGGAGAAUGGGGAGACAGAAGUGACAGAUGAAUCCACUCCAGAACUGCUCCUCAAGAAUGCAUUUUUGGCUGCUCUCAAAAACAAUGGCAAAAAAUUGCAACUGCCCCUGUUGACGAGCAACUUUUAUCGGCUCUAUGUGGUCCCCGAGGCCGAGGAACAAAUCGAUUUGAAGAAGACACGUCACAAGAAGCUGUCCAAUUUCCUUGCGGAGAUGGUGGAUCAGGGUUUCAUUGUGGUGCGCGAGGAAACGAAAGGUGUCGAUAAAAUAAUCGCCGUUGACUUAGAGCAUCCCGAGCUGGUCAACUUUAUAACGGAUGUGAAGAAGGGCGACAGCAGCGGUGCAGCUGCCGAGACGCCCCUAUUCCACUCCGAGCUGAAGGAGAUGUAUAUCGUAUCGGAUGUCACAGCGGCAUUUUUUACAAAAUUAAAUUACAAACGGGGCGAGGGCAUUCCGGUUAAUCAGAUCAAGAAGAUUGUACGCGAAUAUGUGAGCAAGCAUUGCCAGGUGGAUCCACAGACGAAGUUGACUAAGCCGGAUGAGGUGCUCCAAGAAUUGUGCGGCAAUCGAUUAGGUUCGCUCAGCGAGAUCACCUCGAUGAUCACCAGCAAAAUGGAGCACUCGUAUCAAAUGUGCAGUGGCAAGGAUACCAGUGGCAAGCCACAGAUCCAAAUGUCUCUGGCGACGCGUUCCGGCAACAAGAAGGUGACCCUGGUCAGCAACAUCGAAGCAUACGGCAUCAUCAUGGCCGAGUUGAUCAAGCUGUGCAAACAGGGCGCCGCGGCCAGCACCAGCAUUGUCAAGUUGCCGCAUCAAAAGCACGAACAGCUCCAGGUGCAAGGCAAUCAGAUCCGAUUCAUCUACACGCUGCUCACCGAAACGUACAAGGUGCCGCCCAAGUGCAUCCUCGGUCUUGAUCUGGCCAAAGAUGGCAAGAAGAAGCGCAAGUGAUCCGACUAAGAGUCUGGCAUGUCAUCAAACGCCCAGCGGAAGCAAUAAAAUAUAAAAAAAGUUCCACAUUAAA